AUGAUAGAAAAACUGGUUCUAGCGCUAGUACACGCGUCCAGACAUUUGCGCAGGUACUUUUCAGGCCAUGUCAUCACAGUUCUAACAAAUUAUCAUUUGGGCCAAAUCUUGUCAAAACCCGACGUGGCGGGAAGAUUAGCUAAAUGGGCCAUCGAGCUGGGAGGCUACAACAUUUUUUACAGACCAAGACCAGCAAUCAAAGGGCAAGUUCUAGCAGACUUCGCCACUGAAGUUCCCAUCGAUAAAAUACAAGAAUGUGAGGCAAUCCAGAACCCGACGCCUGUUUUUGACGAAAGAGUCUGGACCUUACACACAGAUGGUGCUUCCAAUGACGACGGAGCAGGAGCAGGUCUCCGAUUAGUCAGUCCGGAUAAUCACGAACUUACAUAUGCCAUACGCUUAGAUUUCCAAAGCACCAACAAUGAAGCAGAAUACGAAGCAUUUUUAGCAGGUCUUCGUCUAGCACUCAAAAUGGGGGCAAGAAACCUUGAAGCCAACGUUGACUCAAAGCUAGUAGCUGAACAAGUUAACGGUCGUUAUGAUGCGAAGGGAGAAGCUAUGGCAUUGUACCUUGAACAAGCGCGGAUGUUGAUCAACCAAUUUCAAACAUUCAAAGUCAAUCACAUAAACAGAAGCGAGAACAAGCAUGCUGACGCGCUAAGCAAGUUAGCUGCUACCAGCUUUAAACACUUAGCUAAGGAGGUACGCAUAGAGGUAUUAUCCAAUCCUUCCAUUCAUCUCAAGCAAGUAAGCGUCAUAGAAAUGGGAAAUCCAUCCUGGAUGUCUCCAAUUAUUUUGUACAUUCAACACGGAAAACUUCCGGAAGGAAAGGCAGAAGCCCGAAAAAUACAACACAAAGCAAUAAACUACGAGAUGGCGGAUGGCGUCCUUUAUCGAAAAUCAUUCAUGGGCCCAUUACUACGUUGUGUUGAUAAAACAGACGCUCAGUACCUAGUCAGAGAAAUCCACGAGGGAUUAUGCGGGAUACACGCGGGACCGCGCAUGGUCGUGGCAAAAAUAAUGAACGCCGGAUUUGGAUUACCAUUGCGCAUUAUUUCCGACAAUGGUACAAACUUCGCCGCGGAAGACCUUCAAAAAUGGUUCAAAGAAAUGAAAAUCGAGCACAACUUUGCCUCCGUUGCACAUCCUCAAGCGAACGGUCAGGUAGAAAGCAUAAACAAACAAAUCGUUGAUGGCAUAAAAGCGCGACUUGGCACAGUGCGCAGAGGAUGGGUUGACGAACUUCCUAGCAUCCUCUGGGCGCAUCGAACAAUGCCAAAGACUAGCACCGGAGAAACUCCGUUCAGUCUAGUAUAUGGCUUAGAGGCCGUCAUUCCAGCUGAGAUAGGCCUACCAUCACCGCGCAUGUUGGCUAUGGAAAGACAGAACAACGAACAAGAACGGAGACUGGAUUUGGAUCUUCUGGAAGAAAGGCGCGAGAACGCUGCCAUAACAGAAGCAAGGUACAAAUCCAAGCUCGAAAAAUAUUACAAUGCGCGUGUGCGUGUUUGCACCUUUGUCCCCGGAGAUUUUGUCUUGCGCGACAACGAGGCCUCAAACGCCGAAAAACCUGGCAAAUUAGCACCAAGGUGGGAAGGACCAUACGUCAUUAACGAAGUCUUAGGCAAGGGGGCAUAUACCUUAAAAAGGAUUGAUGGGACCCUAGUUCCCCGUACCUGGAACGCACAACAGUUACGCAGGUGUUACAUGUGA